CUCAAAAGUAUUGACAUUAAAGAAAAGGAACAAAAAUAAAAGAUAAAUAAAUAGAGCACCAGAUUUUUAAGAAUUUCCAAAUAAAUAAUGAAACAUGUUUGAGUUGUAUAAUUGAAUGUCGUUUUUUGAGCGGUUUAGUUGAGUGUUGUCGGUCAGCAAUAGAUCCCUAUUGCGAGCCCACGUUUAAAAAAAAAAAAAGUAUAAUUGUGGCCGUGCUGAGAACAAACACACUAAAUGUUGCCUUUGUUCAGAGCAGAAAAUGCUUUGAAUUUCACACUUGUAUAUCAGAUAUCAAAAUCCCUGCCAUACUUUCAGAAAUGCUAUUCGUGUGGUGGUAUGAACAAUAACUAUAAAGUGGUUGGUGGAAACAGUAACAAAAGAACCGCAGAUAUGAAAAAACAGAACACAGAUACUUCUUUACGGAGGCCUUUUUCGAAGCAAUCUUGCUCGGCAGAUGUGAAAGGCAUUGAGGUUGAAAGUCAAGUAAAAGUCCAUGCUGGUAGUUCUAGUGGGGUUUUAAACAGUCAAGACGGACAUGGUGGAGCAAAACAUUCAAUCUCUUUGAAGGUAGGGCCUUCCUUGUUUCGCUUCAUCAAAGGAAAAGGGGGAUCUGUGCAGCAAAAUAUUGAAGAAGAAAUGGGGGUUAGAAUAAUAUUUCCAUCAUCAAGAACCGAAGAAUCGAUAAUCAUUGAAGGCACUUCUCCUGAUAGCUUAGCCAGAGCUUCAGAAAGAAUACAACUCAUAAUUGAUGAGGCUGUCAAAAGUCCAGCUCUUGAUUACUCUCAUUUUAUAUCACUUCCGCUGGCUAUCAAUCCUCAGUUGAUUCAUAAGCUUGUCAACUUUCAAAAUUCAAUAUUAGGGAUUAGUUAUGCAAACCCAGAUGAGGUACCAGAUUAUACUUUCAACAAAGAUUCCACAAGUAGAGAUGGUGGCAGCAAAAAGUUAGAUAAAGUGCCUCAAGUUGCAGUAACACUAAAAACUCAAAAAGAUAGUCAAAAUGUCAAUAUGGAUGUCACUAAGAUACCUCUUGUAAGUUAUCCCGCUAAAUCCUCAACUGCCUCGAGCUCAAAGCCAAAGGCUUCUACGUUGUCUGCAGAACUGGGAAUUGAUAAAUCCAUAUUCAUUAAUCCAAAAACAUUUCACUUAACUGUGCUCAUGCUGAAAUUGUGGAACAAGGAGAGACUCGAUGCUGCUGUUAGGAUAUUCAAGGGAAUUGAAGCUGAAGUAAUGGAUGCAUUAGAUGCCCGACCUGUAUAUAUUAGACUCAAGGGGCUCGAUCUCAUGAGAGGUUCUCUGGCUAAGGCUCGUGUUCUUUAUGCUCCUGUUGAAGUAGUAGGCGGUGAGGAUAGACUGAUGCAUGCCUGCAAAAUCAUCACUGAUGCUUUUACAAAAGGCGGCCUUGUUCUUGAGAAAGAUUCCAAACAUGCAUUGAAGUUGCAUGCGACAGUUAUGAAUGCAAGGCACAGGAAAAGGACAAUGAAUACAAAAAAGUUUGAUACAUUUGAUGCUCGAGGUAUUGUAGAGCAAUAUGGUUCAGAAGAAUGGGGAGAGUAUCUUAUACGUGAAGUUCAUCUUUCACAAAGGUUUGUGUUCGAUAAAAAUGGUUAUUACCAUUGUUGUGCUUCAGUGCCACUCCCUAAGGACGUGGAAGUUAGUUCUUUAUGUUGUUAGUUCACCGUUUUCUAGACUUCCAUGAAUAAGUGACCAGCCGUGUGGGUCAGCUGAUCUCAUAUACAUUGUGUCCUAAACUUUAGUCUUGGUAUGUCUGUAUAUAGGUGAAGUGUUUUACCAAACAAUAUUCGUUUUCGUUUGUUAUUUGCUUUAGUAUAUUUUCAUGGUCAUUUGCUUUAA